AUGGCGGGCUGGUUCGGGUCGUCGACCAACAGCGCGCUCGACGAGCAGAUUGAGCGCGCCACCACCUCGAGCCUAGAGGACAUGCCCCUCAACCUCGAGAUCUCGGACGUGAUUCGGUCCAAGACAGUGCAGCCUAGAGACGCCAUGCGCUCGCUGAAGAAGCGCAUCGGGCACAAGAACCCCAACGUGCAGCUGGCCACCCUGAAUCUCACCGACACGUGCGUCAAGAACGGCGGCGCCCACUUCAUCCAAGAGAUUGCCUCGCGCGAGUUCCUUGACAACAUGACGUCGCUCAUCAAGGCACCCGGUGGCGCGGCGGCGAAUCGCGAAGUGCAGAGCAAGAUGCUGGACCUGAUACAGUCGUGGGCGACGGCGGCCGAGGGGCGCAGCAACCUGGGCUACAUUGACGACGUCUACCGGAGCCUGCAGCGCGAGGGCUACCACUUUCCGCCCAAGGAGAACAUUUCGAGCAGCAUGCUCGACAGCAGCGCACCCCCCGAGUGGACCGACUCGGACGUCUGCAUGCGCUGCCGCACCCCCUUCACCUUCACCAACCGCAAGCACCACUGCCGAAACUGCGGCAACGUCUUCUGCGGCGCCUGCUCGAGCAACAACAUCCCCCUCCCACACUUGGGCAUCAUGGACCCCGUCCGAGUCGACGAUGGCUGCCACAUAAAGCUCACCGACCGGUCACGAGGAGCGUCAGCGCCCGUGUUCAAUGCGCCCAUGUUCAAUGCGCCCAAGCCGAACAAAACCCUAUACCAGGGCUCCAUGGAGCCGCGCAACCCCCGUGUCGAGGACAGCUUCGAUGCAGACCUGAAGAGAGCCCUGGAGAUGAGCCUGGAAGACGCAAAGGGCAACAGCUCGUCUGGCUUUGUCUCACAGGCCCAGCUGAAGUCGCAGUCGAAGCCGAGCGGAGCAGCAAAGAAGCCAGAGCCCGAGGAGGAGGAGGAUGCCGAUCUCAAGGCCGCCAUUGCAGCGUCCCUGGCCGACAUGGAGGAGCAGAAGAACAAGUACGCCACAAACUUCCGCCAACAGGCGACAAACACUUCGAGCGGGACACCCUUCGUUGCGCCGAAGAGCGACUUUGAGCUCACUCCCGUCGAAGCGGAGAACAUCAACCUCUUCUCGACAUUGGUCGACCGGCUCCAGCACCAGCCACCUGGUGCUAUCCUGCGCGAGCCACAGAUCCAAGAGCUGUACGAGAGCAUAGGUAAGCUGCGCCCGAAACUUGCCCGGACAUAUGGCGAGACUAUGAGCAAGCACGAAACGCUGCUUGAUCUGCACACCAAGCUCUCCACGGUCGUCCGGUACUACGACCGCAUGCUCGAGGAGCGUCUGUCCAGCACAUAUACUCAGGCCAAUGCCAUGUACGGCAUGCCCCGCCCCGCCUCCAACAUGUACCCUCAGAUCCCCUCUGGCGCGCCCGCACCCUCCGCGCCCGACGCCGAAGCCGCAAGCUACUACUACAACGACACCGCGCCAACGCCCAUCCAGCGCACAUACAGCCACGCCUCGCAACCGCCACAGUCCGCAUCCCCGCAGCUAUACCGCGCACCCCUGCAGCAGCAAGCGCCCGUCUCUCCGCCCGCGCAGCCUGCGACCGCGUGGCAGAAUCCACCGUAUCCUAGGGAGCCCGGUCCGCCGCAACAGCAACACCAAAAGCAACAACAGCAGCAACAGCAGCCGCAGCAGCAGCAACAACAGCAACAACAGCAGCAACAGCAGCAACAACAGCAGCAACAACAGCCGCAGCAGCAGCAGAGUACCUGGAACCCCGCGACGCCGUACGCCAUGGGCGGAUACGGGCCCGAGAGCUUCCCUGCUGCGCCGCAGAGCGCGCCCGUGCAGCAAAAGGUCGAUGAGCCGCUAAUUGAUCUGUGA